AUGGGCUUCUUAAGCCACGGAAACAAGGCCGAUGUCCGGCCCGAGCAGAAAUGGGACUACAUCGGCCUCAACGACUUCAAGUCGUCCUCCUGCUUCACGCCCCUCGCCUACGCCUAUCUCUACUUCUCGCUCGGCCUAUCCAUCGCUGUGUACGCCGUCGAUACGUUUACCGCCGUCAACCUGCUCGUCUUCGACCGUUGGUCGUCCGAGAUCACACCCACGCAGCUCAUCUCCUUCACGGCCUCUAAGUGGAUAUUUUCGAUUUGUAUCAUUCUGUCCGUCGUCAAUCUCGCGUACGAGCACAUCCGUGCCAUGCGCAUCAUGCGCCGCGGCAGUGUCGCCGAGUGCUACCUCGACAGCCUGGCUGUGCGCCUGGAGAGUGUGCGCUGGGGCAAGGGCCAAGGUUGGAAGCGUUUCCUAGUGUUCGCCGAGCUCACCAAGAGCAAAAAGGGCGCCGAGUACAUUGCGCUCUUCACCUACUUCAGCUUCCAGAGCUGGAUCCGUGUGCUGCUGUGCUCGGGCCCGCGCCAAGUCGUCAAUGCCUUGACUCUGCUUUCUGUGUACAACGCGCAACUAUCUGCGUCGGGCGACAAUGUGGGCAACACCAUCCUCGACUUCUUCGACAAGAUCCGCACACUGGCCGAGGGCGACUACCGCGAGGCCGUCAUCCUGUCUGGCAUGCUCUUCACGCUGAUCAUUUGGGUCUUUUCCUUCCUGUCGCUGCUGCUCGCAUUCCUCUUUUUCGUCUUUUUCCUCUGGAGCUACAUCCCGCGCUCCGAUGGCGGCCUGUCGGGCUACUGCUCGCGCAAGAUUAACAAGCGGCUCAUGAAGAUUGUUGCCAAAAAGGUCAAUACGGCCCUUGCCGAGGAGGAGCGUCGCCGCAAGAAAGCCGAGCUCAAGGCCGCCAUCAAGAACGGCGUGCAGCCACCCACCGAGCUGACCGCCACCAUUCCCAACGUUGGCGACGACAACAAGUUGCCGAUGAUGCCACAGCUGCAGCGCAGCGAGACGAUGGCGAGUAUGGCUACGCUGCCGCCGUACACUUCCCGGCCCGGUACCGCCACCGGUGGGUUUGGCGGCAAAGCUCCCACCAACAGCAGCACCUUUGAGCUCAAUGCCCUAGACCAGAAGCCACGGCCCAAGAUGCCACCUUCGCGCGCCGACACGAUGGCCUCCAUGUCCACCAUGGCUGCAUCUACGCCAACCAAUGGCACAAAAUUUUCGACCCGCGCGCCUUUGCUUGGCUACGCCGCCGAACCGGGCCGCUCGUCUUCACCUACGCCGUCACUACCGGAACUAGGAGACGGUCUACCUAGUGGUCUACCCAGCGGACGUCCUCCAAUGCCAUAUGGUCAGGGCCCGGGCCCGGGUCCGGGUCAGCUCAAUCGGACUAACACGGGCGGCUCCAUGCCGUACGGCAACAUGCGCAGCAACAGCCGCAACGGCAGCUUCUCGUCCAUCUCCAACAACCAGGGUAUGUAUCCUGGCCAGGGUUCGAUGCCUCAGAUGCCACCCCCUGCCCGGUCGCCCGCAGGUUAUGGCUACAACCACAACAACAGCAGCAGCAGUAUCAACGACAUGCCGUCCACGGAUCUUCCAUAUGCCAAUAGUCGCAGCAAUAGCCAGUCGGGUUCGCAAGAUUUCGGCUACAACAAUGUCAACGCCGGCCGAAACAACUCGCUGUCGGGCAACGGAGGUCCUCGCUAUGUUGCUUACCGUCCCGACGAGGGUGGUAACAUGGGCCGCGUCAGCCCUGCACCGUCUGCUCGCUCCUACGGCCCUGGCCCAACGGCGCCUGGUGGAGGUCCUGCUGGUCCUGGCCUUAGCUCGCCCCUGCGCAGCGCCACCAACCCAUACCCGGUGUCACCACGGACGUACGGUGGCGGUCCGCCUCAGCGCAACAUGACGGCGCCCAUGCCGCAGAUGGGCCAAGGCACGCCCGUUGCUCAGAAUGGCCCCAGCAGCAACUUCGGCUACGGCCACGGCCGCCAGAUUUCCGAAGAGAGUUCGUACAGCUCGUACUUCAAUGAGCGUCCCACGACAGCGUCGAGUCGGCGGGGUGCCGGUGUCGGCGUGGGCGGCGGUGUUGCGCCCCCCAGACGGCCAAGCUAUGGCAACAGCACUGGUGGCAGCAAUGCGUGGAACAGCGAUGUUGAGUCACAGCGUUGGCGGUCUUAA